AUGGCCGAGGUUAGAAAACAGGAGAAAGACUUUACAAAGGAAGUUGACGAGCUCCUACAAGAGACCUCCGCUCUCGUCAAGUCUGUUCAGCUGUCAGAUGCCUUGGAGAGAUUGCUUGCGCUGGAGAAGCAAACACGAAAUGCCAAUGAUCUACCUUCCACGACGCGGCUAGCUAAAGCGGCACUUGAACUCUGCUACGAAUCCCGAGACUACACACAACUCAAUAGCACCAUCAGCUUACUGAGCAAGAAGCACGGCCAACUCAAAGUCGUUGUCCAGGCCAUAGUCGAACAGGCAAUAUCGUGGCUGCCUGGGAUCCGACAAGAGCAAGGUGUUGAGAAGUGGUUAGAGUUAGUUGAAACCCUGCGAUCUAUUUUUCUCGAGACGCCCCGUGCGCGCGUCACUCUCGCUCUCUCCCAUUACCAUGAAACUCUUUCCAAGGCUCCAAACGCCCUGGCAGCUACAAUCAAAGAAACACUACAAACAGCUUCAGAUCUCCUUAGCGACCUGCAAGUGGAAACUUACUCGUCGAUGGAGCGGAGAGAGAAAACGGAGUUUAUUCUAGAGCAGAUGAGGCUAUUGAUUGCUGUCGCUCGAUUGAAAGAUGCGGAAGCUCCCGCGAAACAGGGGAAGAACGCACUUGGAAGUGGUGAGCCUGAAUGGGUCAAGGCCAAAGUUGGGGGCCGCAAAGUCAACGAAUCGUUCCUCAAGGAGAAAGCAAAUGAGGAUCUCAAACUCAAAUAUUAUGAUCUAAUGAUCCAACAAGCUCUUCAUCAAAGUGCUUAUCUGGAAGUAGCGAAGCAUUAUGAGAAGGUUUGGGAUACGCCGUCGAUAAAGGAGGACGAGAGCAAAAGCCGUGCCGCCCUCGAACACAUCGUUUAUUACGUGGUACUUGCGCCUCAUGACAACGAACAAUCAGACAUGCUGCACCAUCUAUUCGCUAACCCCGCACUCGAGAAGCUUGAACUCCAUUAUAACCUUGUCAAGUCAUUCGUGACCCGUGAAUUGAUGAGGUGGCCCGGAAUUGAAUCCCUGUAUGGACCUUUCUUACGAACAACGCCGGUGUUCUCGGUUUCCAAGCAAUGGGAGGACCUCCAUACCCGUGUCGUCGAACAUAACGUACGCGUGGUCGCACAGUAUUACACUCGAAUCACCCUCUCCCGUCUCACGGUUCUUCUCGACCUUACACCACAACAAACAGAAGAAACGCUUGCUCGGCUAGUUGUUUCACAUACCAUCUGGGCACGCGUAGACCGACCAGCAGGUAUCGUCAACUUCAGGAAUAAGCGCAGCGCAGAGGACGUGAUGAAUGAUUGGAGUUCGGACAUGCAAAAGUUACUUGGACUUGUAGAGAAGACUUGGAUAGGGAUGAACGCGGCACAGGCCGCUCAAUCUCGCAUCAAGGCAUAG